AGGGCAGCAGCGUGUGAGGAGGGGCUCUGCUGGCGACAGAGGAGACCAUGGCUUCCGUGUUGCUCACCCGGAGGCUGGCCUGCAGCUUCCGCCACAACCACCGCCUGCUGGUGCCCGGAUGGAGACACAUCAGUCAGGCCGCAGCCAAAGUGGACGUUGAAUUUGAUUAUGACGGGCCUUUGAUGAAGACGGAAGUCCCAGGGCCCAGAUCUCGGGAGUUAAUGAAACAGCUGAAUAUAAUUCAGAACGCAGAGGCUGUGCACUUUUUCUGCAAUUACGAAGAGAGCCGAGGCAAUUACCUGGUGGACGUGGACGGCAACCGGAUGUUGGAUCUUUACUCCCAGAUCUCCUCCAUCCCCAUAGGUUACAGCCAUCCUGCUCUCGUGAAACUCGUCCAACAGCCUCAGAAUGUGAGUACAUUCAUUAACAGACCUGCCCUCGGAAUCCUUCCUCCGGAGAACUUCGUGGAGAAGCUGCGGGAGUCCCUGCUCUCGGUGGCUCCCAAAGGGAUGUCCCAGCUCAUCACAAUGGCCUGCGGCUCCUGUUCCAAUGAAAAUGCGUUCAAGACCAUCUUUAUGUGGUACCGGAGCAAGGAAAGGGGCCAGUCGGCUUUCUCCAAAGAGGAGCUGGAGACGUGCAUGAUCAACCAGGCCCCCGGGUGCCCCGACUACAGCAUCCUCUCCUUCAUGGGUGCCUUCCACGGGAGGACCAUGGGUUGCUUAGCGACCACGCACUCCAAAGCCAUUCACAAGAUCGACAUCCCUUCCUUCGACUGGCCCAUCGCACCAUUCCCGCGGCUGAAGUAUCCUCUGGAGGAGUUUGUGAAAGAGAACCAACAAGAAGAGGCCCGCUGUCUGGAAGAGGUGGAGGACCUGAUUGUGAAAUACCGGAAGAAGAAGAAGACGGUGGCCGGCAUCAUCGUGGAGCCCAUCCAGUCUGAGGGCGGGGACAACCAUGCGUCCGACGACUUCUUCCGGAAGCUGCGGGACAUCUCCAGGAAGCACGGCUGUGCCUUCUUGGUGGAUGAGGUCCAGACAGGAGGAGGCUCCACCGGCAAGUUCUGGGCCCACGAGCACUGGGGCUUGGACGACCCGGCCGAUGUGAUGACCUUCAGCAAGAAGAUGAUGACGGGGGGCUUCUUCCACAAGGAGGAGUUCAGACCCAACGCUCCCUACCGGAUCUUCAACACGUGGCUGGGGGACCCUUCCAAGAACCUGCUGCUGGCCGAGGUCAUCAACAUCAUCAAGCGGGAGGACCUGCUGAGCAACGCAGCCCACGCCGGGAAGGUCCUGCUCACGGGGCUGCUGGACCUCCAGGCCCGGUACCCCCAGUUCAUCAGCAGAGUGAGAGGACGAGGCACUUUUUGUUCCUUCGACACCCCAGACGAAUCCAUACGGAAUAAACUCAUUUCCAUCGCCAGAAACAAAGGUGUGAUGCUGGGGGGCUGUGGCGACAAAUCCAUCCGCUUCCGUCCCACUCUGGUCUUCAGGGAUCACCACGCACACCUGUUCCUCAAUAUUUUCAGCGACAUCUUAGCCGACUUCAAGUAAAAAGCCAUUUCCUCCACGCCCCGAGGAAGCCCCGAUCUCAACAAUCGUCCAAGUGAU